AUGCCGAUAACCACCUUACUGCAGAGCUUCGACGAAGCACUGCCGGACAUCAUUAUCGUUCCAUCAAAGCCUGAAAAGGAUUGUUGGCAAACAAAAGAAUCCUCCGAGCAAGUCAAGAAAGAGAAGCCCCCGCGGAUUCUGAUCUACCAUGAUGGCGCCGGCUACCUGUCCGCGACCGAGAAGUACCUAGCAGCACACGAGUCUUUGCUGAGGGACGAAGUUGCAACGCCGCCGGAGCCGAACCGCUUCGUACGAAACGAGGCUGAUGGAGUUGCACACGCCCGCACCAACCUCUUGAAUCCACUUAUGCGGGCUGUCGACGUCAACGAGGGUCUGGUAGGCAAGUUAUUAACAGCGUCAGAGCUUGGAGUUGAGACCCUGCGCGUGGACGUUGGAGUCUUCUACACGGUCAAGGGAGAUGAAGGAAUCGUCAUGAUGGUGGAGUUCAAACGAACUGAUCUCAUCGACAAGGGAUCAUUCAAGACGAUGAAGUACCUACGGGUAAAAUCGAACGCGACGAAACAGAUCAAGCAGGCCAAGGCGUACGCCAAGCGAGCGAAGUGCCGGUGCGUUGCUCUCUGUGACUACCAGAGCCUGAUCCUGCUCCAGUUUAGCGAAGACCUGACGACAGGUGAACUCAUGAUCGUUGACGAGACGGAGACUACAUUUCGCAAAGCCCUGUUAGGCUUCCUCUUGACAGCUAUCAGACAUUGA